UUAAUCAGUCGCAGAGGAGCUUUAACUGAAGAAAAACAAACAAACAAACAAACACAGAAACGUGGGUAUCUUGAAGAGUGCUUAUGGCGCACAUGCGCAGUAAGGCAGUUUCCAUAGCGCCGCGAUGACCUGCUGAGUGAGUUGAUUCUUCAACUUCUGACUCACGUCUCUCGGUGAUACAAAUCCAAGGACGCUGGAGCAUUUUACCCAUUUUUACUGGUGAUUUUUUUAGUUGUUUCUCUCUGUGUUGGCGGUGUGUGUUUGUUCACCAUGUGAAGUUUGCUUACUGAAACACCUGCCCGUCUGACAAACUAAUCAUGGGCCAUCGUGCGGUGGAAAUCUCCGUCUGUAUUUGAACAAGAGAAUAUUGUUUUAAUUUUACGGUCGCUUUCCCUAGCAAAGAUGAACUGCUUCAGUCAAAGGCUGAGACGCACGUCUCCCGUGCGUGGCAACAGUAGAAACGAGCUGGUCCCCUCCAAGCCUCCCAGGAUGAAUGGCUGGUCUUGGCCUCCUCAGGCUUUCCAAGUGGUUGGCUGGCUUCUGUACAGCUACCUCGCCAUAGUCAGCUUCGGCAUCUACAUCCCUCUCCUGCCUCUGCCGUGGAACCACGUGGCCUAUGCUAUGAUGGCUAUAGCAUUUAUCGUGCACUUAUUUGCCCAUAUUGCUGCUGUGACCAUAGACCCAGCAGAUGCCAGUGUGCGGGGCAAGAAGAACUAUUCCAGUCCAGUGCCGCUUUUUGACCGGACAAAGCAGCCACACGUCAUCCAGGACUUACGCUGCUAUCUGUGUGAUGUCAAGGUCGGCCCCAGAGUAAAACACUGUGGUGUUUGCAACAAGUGUGUGGAAGACUUUGAUCACCAUUGCAAAUGGCUGAACACCUGCGUGGGCGGCAGAAACUACUGGUGCUUCUUUGUGGCCCUGUCCUCAGCUGCACUAGGUGUCCUGUUGCUGGUUAUUGUCAUCUUGUUCAUAUUUAUUCAGCAUUACUUGAAUCCAAACACUCUACGGACGGCCCCACAGUUUGAUAGCAUGCUGGGGAAUAACACCUGGCUGGUGUUUUUACCAUUAGCACCCAUAAAGACUGGUUCAGCUGGUCUCCUUAUAUUAGCCUUCAUAACCAUCAUGUUGAGCAUCACCUCCCUGCUGCUGCUCGGCCAUCUGCUGUGUUUCCACUUUUACCUCUUUUAUAAAGGUAUAAGCACAUAUGAUUAUGUGAAGAUGCAGCGCCAGAAAGGAGCAAGAAACCGAGACUCGGAGACAGGAAAUCCGCAUGAUGCAAAAAUCAAUAACAAGACCCCACAGAAUCAAGAGAGCUCCAUUGCCUGUGAGCCAGCAUUAUCACAGAGUUCAAGUACCUGCAAAUUUGACAAUAAAGGCCCCAUCACAAGCCGACUUUCAGAGUCCAUAUGCACAGAGUUGGAAAACUUCAAGCAAUCAGCAGAAAAGGAGAAUAGUUUCCAUUACGGCACAGAAAAUCCCACAGAGAACACUGCAAGGGAAAUGUGUCUGAGCAGCAUCAAAAGCUGGCCACUUGACACUGAAGAGGCUCAGAACAGCAGUGUGAAGUCAGUUGAUGGAGUUCCUGGAGUUCAGGACCCUUUGGGCAGCUCAGUUAUGACUCCAGAUGAUACUUAGCGGGAGCUGAUUCCUGCAUGGCGGUGCAUCAGGAUAUGCUGCUCUCAGGAACUAUUUCUUCUGAAAAUAUACUUUAUGAAACUGACCCAUGCGGCCCAUGGACCGAGGACGUAGGGUGUGUUGGACUUGAAAGCACAGUUUGUCACACAUCAAACUGUUGAACAAUAUUUUUUAGCCAUUAAUAACUGUGGAGCCAUAUCUAUAUUUUGUUCCUUUUUAUCUACAUGACUUGCUUUUAUGAUGAUGGUUGAGUUCUUUAGUGUUGUUUUAUCUCUCUGACUUAAAUAGAGAGCCAAAGUCCAGCCCUGCUGCAUGUUAGUCUCUGUUCCACAAGUUUUUCUCGGGUAGAUUUUGGCACCUUCUUUUACUCUUUUUACUCUCAGCCAAAUGCAUAUUGACUGCUGUGCUGACAGUAGCAGUUAGCAUCUUGUCAUUUUACCUGAUGAACAAAGAGAAAACUUUGUGUGGCAAAAUUCUAACUGGAAGUUGUGGAGUGGACACAAACUUGAAAGGGGGACAGCACUUCAGCUUUCUAUUGCUGUUUUGUGAAUUGUGUUCACAAAGCUGGCAGUGUCCAGUGACAGUUAUAGCUAAAUUUGAUAGUAAAGAAUGUGAAUUUACA